UCUAGGAUAACGCAUUAGGAGAAAAUAGAGAAAAUGCUGAGGACUCCUACGUCACCUCCAGGAAAAAAAGCCCGAAAAUCACACGCGUUGAUUCUGCUACAGUGGAAGUGGUCACCACCCUUUCGAAAGAUUUAUCAUUACUAUACUGGAUCUAUAGCCGUAGUCUUGAAAAUACCCUAGAAUUUAUCUAGUUACUAAAAUAUAUUUCGUGGUUUUUGAAAUAUGAUGUGAAUCCUUGGUUUCAGUACUCCGUUUUCCAUUUCCGGUUUUAUAAAAGCAAAUUCCAUUGGGGAAUUAAACAGCAAAUCACUGAUGUCAAUAUCUAAGGCUGAUCGAUGUUUCUCAAGCAGCAGGCCCAGAAGGUACGUGGGAAGUGAAAUUAGUGAUGAAGGACACUGAAAAGAAAAGUGUUUUCGAGUGAAACUUAGUGGAAAUAGGGAUGUAGUAAAAUAGAUACGCUGUAUUCUUCCAUCGGUUGUUAAAAAUAGUUUGCAUUACUUCUUUAUGCAUUAUAUUGCACUUGAACUUUGAAUGUUCAGAUACCUGUGAAAAUGGCGACAUAUGAGAAGAGUGCUGCGUUUAUCCUCUUCACCAUUUGUUGCAUGUGUCACUUGAACGUGGCAAACCUUUUUCGAGAACAAAGUGGCAGCAGACGACCAGCAUCCACAAAAACUAAUGUGUCUGGCCGAUACGGCCUCUCUUGGAACGUCAGAGAUAAAUUGAGGUUUCCUGUUGAAUGGAGAAAGAUUGGAGAGGAGCGAAGUCUUCAUCCAGUAAAUAUGACUGCAGUGGAAGUUCUCCAGAAGGAGAAAAAGGGCAGACUAAAGCUCAGGAUACUCAUUAAUAAACGAAAAGUGCAAGUUUUCAGAGAUGACAAAUUGAUAUACGAAAAGCUUGGAAAUUUAACCCAGUUCAAGUUCUACACCCACGCUGGCUUCCACGUGCUGGUCCUCCACCCAAACACAGGUCAGCUCAUGCAGGCCAGAAUGUUCCUGACCCACCAACCGGCUGAACACCAAAAUCUAGCCAGUCACUUAGCCGACAUUUUGCCUGGUCGACUGGUCGUCAUUGCAGCUGUGCCAGAUGCAGUGGGGUUCUUAGGACACGGUGAGGCUAUAGACGCACUGGAGCGGUUGGGAGCCAGUCGAAUUCGCCAACUAGCGCUCUUCGAAGGCUGGGCCAUGAUUGCGCAUGCUCCAGAGAGUGUUGCGACUCCCACAGAACGUUUCUAUCCUCUUCAUAAAAUCUCUGGAUCCUAUGAAAAAGCCGCCAAAGGACGAGUAUGGGCGGAGGUCAUAACCAUCCUUCGUCGCUUAGAGGUCGGGUACCCGUCGCCAAUCGACGUUCAGUGCUACGUGCCCAAAGGACCAAUGCCACGGUGCCAGUGGCACGCGGACCCUACCAUGGAGGAUCAGCGGAGAUUUUGCGAAACUUACGAUGGGUAUUCUAGACUGUGCACCUGUGUGGACCCAAUCAAACCUCUCGAAUUUAGAUAUGGCGCUGAGAACAUUUCAGUGGCAGAAGUCAUACCAGUGGCCAUGCUGACAGCUAUCAAGCCAUUCAACUUCUACAGACAACUCCUGAAUCUGCUGGAGACACCCGGGGCUGCCCAGACACCCAUAGUAGUGUUCAUCGAUGGCCCGCACAAUGAAAUCGUACAUCUUUCAAGACUUUUUGGGCUAGACGUCCUCGUUCACCAACCUCAAGGUACGAAGGGUUCCUCCACCCUCCUCAAUAUGCAUUUCAGGUUUUCAGUGCAUAAUGUCUUUAAUAUCUUUCCUCAAGUGGAUAAGGCCAUCAUUUUAGAAGACGACCUGCUGCUUUCCCCUGAUUUCUUAAGCUUCUUUCAACAAACCGCCUGGCUUUUAGACGCGGACCCCACAAUCUACUGCGUCAAUGCAUUCUCCAUCAACAGCUAUCCUGACGUAGCUUAUGACCCAACAGUUCUGCGGCGGCUCGAGGUGUUUCCUCAGUUCGGCUGGAUGGUGACUCGAAAGUGGGCUAGAGAGCAGUACAGAUUCUGGAUUCCUGAGCAAGCUACAGGAGACUGGGACUGGUGGCUCCACGCUCAGGAUUCUCGACAUGGCCGCGAUGUCCUGGUCCCAGAGAUCAGCAGAACUUUCCACGCCGGUUCCGCAGGAGCCCACGUGACAGGAUGGGCGCAGGAGAGCUUCUUUAACCACAUGAUCUAUAACAAGGACCCUCUGGUAAAGCUCAGGGGCCUGCGAAGCCUGACCAGCGCCAAGUAUGAAGAGAAGAUUCGGGAAGACAUUCUUCGCGCUCAAGAAAUCAAGAUCACUGGAAGUCCGUGUAAAGAUUUCACUCUUCCCCCUGAUAAGAAAGGACCUUUCAAAAUCUUCAUGAAAGCUGACACGAGGAGUGACGAGUAUAACUCCUUUUACGUGAUGCACCUGUGCCUUCAUGCAUAUCCCGAGGACACUCGGGAGCAGUACAGAGGCGUCAUCCGGUUCAAUAUCCAUGGACGAGUCCUCUACAUCAUCGGCUGUCCCGUUUCUCCAUUCUGUUCGAUGUUUCCGAGGGGCGUGGAGCUUCUCACACCUUCUGCGCAGCUGAUAAACGAAGCUGAAGAGACGGCGACUGUGUGGCAGCAGCGUUAUUACAGUCCGUAUUAUCUCUUGAGGAGAGAAGCCAAAGACCCCACCGAGGAAUUCCUCAUGAGGAACACUUACAGAAACCCUUUGGGAGGAUCGAAGAACUCUUGAGAAGUUCCAGUAAGCAUCGUGAAGGAUGGGGAAAACCAAGGUCUAGACUCUCUAGACCUUGGGGAAAACUUGGCUCAUCUGAGAUUUCCCGAAGAAAUCCGAGACUGAAAAUAAAAGGAAUAUCUAAUAUAGUUCAUUGCAUUCUAACCUAACCCCGUGGACAGUAAUACUGCGAAAUUUUCCAUGGAUGGGGAAGUAUAGAACUCUGUGCGUUAAUGUCACUAAGGAUAGUAAGAUAUCAUUCAAGUUUUCAAGACAUUAUAGCCAACAGAACGAACUUGAAUUAUACUACUGAGUACCAAGAUUCUCAGACUCCAACCAAGUUGAUGAUUGAUAAGAAAUAAAUUGUGUGUUUUGUUUGUUUUCUAUUUAAAUAAGAAUAAAUAAAUACAUUUGUAGAAUAACCUCCUCCAACCAAAGCUUGAUGAAAAUUUGCCAUGGAAUGAGAUGACAAGAGUUGUUAUUAUAAGAAACAUCGGAUAUUAGAACUAAGUAUAAAGUCAUCAGUGUAUACAGUCUGACGAAGGCUUUAGUAUCUUGUAAGAUAUCUUGGAACACUGCCCAAAGCAGCUACUGAAAAGCCUACGGUUUAUGCCAUAAAAAAAGGGCCUAUAAACGAUGCAAUGGUGGUAAGUA